GUGGAGGGAAUGACCUGAGGGGCUGUAUGAGGGAACAACCUCCUGGGUCUCCCCUAUCCCUGAGUUCCUGCACUCAGAAGUUGAGGCCCAGAGAUCCAGGUAGAAGGGGCUCCAGUCCUGGAACUGCCACUGCAAGUCAUGUGGCUUGGGACAGGGCUUCUCCGAGCUCUGUCCCCUCCUGUGUAGGGCGGGGAGGUCAGAGGGGACCCUGCAGAUCCAGUCUCAUGUCUGGGGGUCAAGGGGUGGCCUCGAGAGGGACCAGUCUCUGUGUAGGGGACCGUGAGCCCCCUCACCCCUUGAGCAAGAUUGUGGUCCCUGCACCAAGGGAGCGGGCCUGGGGUGGGAAGAGGCCAGCUGGGUCUUGGUGGUGCCUGGGGACUGCAUGGGGGCCCCUGCCAGGCAGGGAGAGGGACAGAGGACAAGCUGGGGGCUCUGGUGCUUGGGCUGGGGGCUAAGCGCCUGUGACCUCCACUGGCUUCCUCCUUCUCCUCUCUGAGGACUGAAUCUGGGGCGCAGCAGAGCACAGACUCAGGCCCGCCUUUCCUCUCCCUGAAAGAGCCUGCGCUGGCCUUGGGCAGAGAAAGGGAUGAGAAGUGAGGCUGAGUGCAGUGGGGUCUGCAGGGAUCCAGGUGGGAGGGGCCCAGCCCCUCAAGGUCAGACCCGGCCCCUCAGCAGGAAGACGGGCACUGGGGCCCUUGGGCAGGGCUGAUUUGACACUUUUGUGUGACUUGACACUUGUGUGACUUGAGCCACCAUGCCCAGCCUGAACACCCUUUCCUGGUAAAACACUCCACAAACCAGGAAGAGAAGGAAUGUACUGCAACAAAAUAAAGGCCAGUCAUGCAAGGCCCACGGCUGAAAGUCUUUCAGUCAUUUUAGGUGAAAGACUGAAAUCUUUGUCUCCAAGAUCAGGAACAAGAGAAGGAUGCCCGAUCUCACUACUUCUAUUCAACAUAGGAUUUGAAGUCAGGCCGGGCACAGUGGCUCACGCCUGUAAUCCUCGCAAUUUUGGAGGCCGAGGCAGGCAGAUUACUUGAGGCUAUGAGUUUGAGACCACCCUGGCCAACAUGGCAAACCCCAUCUCUACUAAAAAAAAAAAAAAAAAGGAUUUGAAGUCCUAGCCGGAGCAAUUAAGCAAGGGAUAAAAAGACAUCUAAGUCCCUUUUGCAAUAAGAAGCCAGAUGGAUAAAGGAAGUGCUGGUCACCCUGGAGGUACACUCAUUUGGGGAAGGCCCCCGGCCCCCACAGCCCUCUGGGGAGCCUGACCCUGGCUCUCCCCACUCACCUCAGCCCUCAGGCAGCCCCUCCACAGGGCCCCUCUCCUGCCUGGAUGGCUCUGCUGGUCUCCCCGUCCCCUGGAGAAGAACAAGGCCAUGGGUCAGCCCCUGCUGCUGCCCCUGCUGCUCCUGCUGCUGCCGCUAGCAUUUCUGCAGCCUGGUGGCUCUGCAGGAUCUGGUCCAAGCCUUCCCUAUGGGGUCACUCAACCAAAACACCUCUCAGCCCCCAUGGGUGGCUACGUGGAAAUCCCCUUCUCCUUCUAUCACCCCUCAGAGUUAGCCACAGCUUCCAACAUGAAAAUAUCCUGGAGACGGGGCCAUUUCCACGGGCAGUUCUUCUACCGCACAAGGCCGCCUUCCAUUCACAAGGAUUACGCGAACCGGCUCUUUCUGAACUGGACAGAGGGUCAGAAGAGCGGCUUCCUCAGGAUCUCGAACCUGCAGAAGGAGGACCAGUCUGUGUAUUUCUGCCGAGUCGAGCUGGACACACCGGGAUCAGGGAGGCAGCAGUGGCAGUCCAUCGAGGGGACCAAACUCACCAUCACCCAGGCUGUCACAACCACCACCACCUGGAGGCCCAGCAGCACAACCACCACAGCCGGCCUCAGGGUCACAGAAGGCAAAGGGCACUCAGAAUCAUGGCACCUAAGUCUGGACACUGCCAUCAGGGUGGCAUUGGCUGUCGCUGUGCUCAAAACUGUCAUUUUGGGACUGCUGUGCCUCCUCAGAUGGAGGAGAAGGAAAGGUCAGCAGCGGACUAAAGCCACAACCCCAGCCAGGGAAUCCUUCCAAAACACAGAGGAGCCAUAUGAGAAUAUCAGGAAUGAAGGACAAAAUACAGAUCCCAAGCUAAAUCCCAAGGACGACGGCAUCGUCUAUGCCUCCCUUGCCCUCUCCAGCUCCACCUCACCCAGAGCACCUCCCAGCCAGCGUCCCCUCAAGAGCCCCCAGAACGAGACCCUGUACUCUGUCUUAAAGGCCUAACCAAUGGACAGCCCUCUCAAGACUGAAUGGUGAGGCCAGGUACAGUGGCGCACACCUGUAAUCCCAGCUACUCUGAAGCCUGAGGCAGAAUCAAGUGAGCCCAGGAGUUCAGGGCCAGCUUUGAUAAUGGAGCGAGAUGCCAUCUCUAGUUAAAAAUAUAU